AUGACGUCAUAAUAGAGGAAUUAGGCAAACAAGUGGUAAUUUUUGAUAUGUUAAAGAAUUAUUGGUGAUAAAGCAAAAAAAAAAAUAUCGAACCGUUAUUACUAAAAUGUCUUUAAUAAUAGGUGGUGUUUUUCCAAAGAACAUACCCUUAAGCUUUAACUUUUCAAUCCAUUUUUAGAAAAAUAAGAAAAUUGCAUCAAAACUCCAACUCAACCUUGGGUCCAAAUCCGAGGCGUUGAGUGUUGACACAACCCAAAGCGGCACCGCCGCGCCUUUUCUCCUCUUCGCGUAUCUUCUUCUUUUAGUCGAACACGCAUCACCGCAUCACAAACACUACACCCAAAUUUCACAAUUCUUAACCUUUUCGGCUUUUCCCCAUUUUUUUUCUAACUAACUUCCUUUCUCUCUCCUCAUCUGCGCCCAACAAUGGCGACUUCUUCAUUGCGUCGUUUCUUACAUCAACUAGAUAAGCACAUGGUAAAGAAACAUGAAUCAUAUGGAAUGCUCGUAUAUGGCGCUCUUACCAGGUUUCGAUCGCUAUCUUCAAAGUCUGACAGCAAAGGUUCAUGUGAGACAUCUAAGAGGUCUGAGCUCAUUGAUAAGACAGAUUAUGAUCGCACACUUGGAAAGUAUAGCUCUGAUGAUGAUGAACUGAAUGAUAGUACACGAAAGUCGGAACUUGCAUGGCUUACAAAGGCACUUGAACCUGCACUACAGCUUUGUAGGUGGGCUUUUCCAGGAAAUGGUUCUGAAAGUAAGCCUCCACCUAGUAGUCGUUCAAUUGCUGAAAUUGUUGCUAGUAUCCAGAGAAGUAAGACUGGAUUACAAGACUGGAGCCUCUCUGAUCUCACAAUUGGACUGUACCUUGUUUAUCUUCGUCAAGCAUCUGCAGCUCCACUUGUAGAUGUCAAGGGUGUUCAAAUCACCUCGGAAUCCGUGGUACAAGAUCUGAUAUAUCACUUGGAAUUAGCCAGAGGAUCAUAUAGAGACACCCCUGCAGGCCUCGCCAGGCAAAGCAUGCUUCGAGAAAGCAACAUCCUGAAAUUCAUCAGGAAUUCUAGCGUGAUGAGACCUGGCUAUUACAUCGGUAUUGAUCCUCGCAGAAAACUUGUAAUUCUUGGCAUCCGUGGAACUCAUACUGUAUAUGACCUUGUAACUGAUAUUGUGUCAACAAGUGAUGGAGAUGUCACCUUUGAAGGCUACUCAACUCACUUUGGUACUGCUGAGGCUGCUCGCUGGUUUCUGAAUCAUGAGAUGGGAACGAUAAAAAAGUGCUUGCAUAAACAUGAGGGUUUUAGGUUACGGUUGGUGGGGCAUUCUCUUGGAGCUUCUACAGCUUCUUUAUUGGCAAUGAUGCUUCGUCAAAAAUCAGCCACAGAGCUGGGAUUUGAUCCCAGUACUGUAACUGCUGUUGGAAUUGCUACUCCUCCUUGUGUGUCCAAAGAACUUGCUGAAAGCUGUUGUGAUUAUGUCAGCACGGUUGUGAUGCAGGACGAUGUUGUUCCUAGGUUAAGUGUCGCUUCUUUGGCAAGACUGAGGAAUGAAAUUAUUCAAACUGACUGGAUGAGUGUCUUGAAGAAGGAAGAUUAUAAAAGUGUGAUGGAAUUUUUCACAAAUGCAAAACAGGUCAUGUCUUCUGUACAAGAUGUAGCUCGGAAAGUGGCUGACUAUGCAAAUUUUAGAAGCAGGACCAACAACUCUGGUAUAUUGACAAGUGAGGAUUCGCUUGCUGGAGCCGAUGGUCCCCCAAUUUCCAAGCCAACUGCUGUUAACAGGGACAACGAGAAUGCUGCUCUGAUGCAUGAAGAAUUGUUUGUCCCAGGAACUAUUUACUAUCUAAAAAGAAAUACUGAUGCCCAAACCAGCAGCAGCAACAGAAGCAAAGCGAAAGAGUACUUCACACUCUGGAAGUGGCAUCCUGGGCAGCAUUUUCAGGAAAUUUUACUCUCGAGCAAUUUAAUUUCAGAUCACAAAUGCGAAAGCCACUAUUAUGCUCUCAGAGAUGUAAUCAAAGGCUUGCCUGGAUCAUCCAGUGGUGAAGGUGUUUUUUGACAACUUAAUCCUGGGUAUAGUAAUGGGUCAUGCCUUGUGUAAAUAGUUGUAGCAAUUGUAUAAGAUUCCAUAAUUAUCAAUU